AUAGCAACUAGCGUAAACUACUUUUCAUAAUUCUCAACAAGUAUUAUUUUCUAUUGCAGAGGUUGUCUAAUUUUCAUUGAUAUUUGUUAUAUUAGUGAAUAACUGCAAUUAAAAUGGAUUCGGAGUUGUUUCCUGAUUUUAUUGAACGUAAAGGUUCAUUAUUUCUUCGCUCAGAUCACAUGGAUUAUGGUCGCGCAACCCUCGUUUCGAAUUGGCACCAAUCACGCGAGGCUGAGCCUAAGGAUUAUGAAGUAAAUGAUCAUAUUCCAGCCAAAAGACGUUUACAUCGUUCAACAUACAAGCGGAUAGGAAAUUCAGAGAGUAAUACUUCAUCUCUUGUGUCCACAAGCCACUAUCAAAUGCAAGAGGCUCUACACCUAAAAGAUAAUUUUCAACCAAAACAAACAAGAAUAGCUAUGACAAACGAGGACAACUUCCAUCACAUCCUCAUAGAUCAUAGUGGGAUUGAAAACCCAAAUAAAAGAAACUGCAAGAUACUACCAAAACAUCCAAAAAAUCAUAACAAAAGAUACUUAGACACAACUCAAAAAACUUCUUAUCAACCACCAUAUCCAUAUACACCAAAGGCAACAGUCAAAGAUGAUCCUUUUGAGUAUAAUAACUCCCCGACUUGGAAAAAGUGUCUUUCGCAGUUCACAGACACUGACAAUUACCAUCGCUGUGGUAAUAACACAUGGCAAGAUGAAAGUGGUUACUAUGCCAACAAAAACUUACGAGCAAAUGUAGUCCCUAAGACAGAUACUAUUCCUUCGAGAUUAUUGUAGCAUUAACCACAAGUUAAGAACAACUUAAUUUCAAAAUUUCAGUCAGUGUUUUCUUCAUCACUGAAAUAUGAAUCUGUUCUGAUUGUCUUUUUGCGUUUUA